UUAUCCUUGCAUCUGCUUUGAGUCAUUUGGCAAAACGAGCGUUUGUGACAUUGCGGGUUUUGAAUGGAGAGCUGAGAAGAUGUGUAGCAAUGUAGUUGUAGGCCUUCCUUCCCCUCCAAAUCUUAACGGGACUCUUUCUUCUCCAACUCCCACUAAUACUUCGAACACAAAAGAUGGAGACCACUUGGUAAUGAACCACACUGGGGUUGGAGGGUAUAAGUGGCGUUUGGUUAUUGCUUAUGACGGCACCCGCUAUGCAGGAUGGCAAUACCAGAGUUCACCACCUACAAUACAGUGCUUUGUGGAGAAAGUUUUAAUGCAAGCAACAAAGCUGGAAAGGAAGGAUCUUAGUUUGGUUGGUGCAAGUAGGACAGAUAAGGGAGUACAUGCUUGGGGUCAGUUUAGCUUUCAGGUUGCACACUUUGUCACACCUUUCAACUAUGACAGCAUAGAUAGCAUUCAUGCAGCUCUCAACGGUCUUCUUCCUUCUGAUAUUCGAGUGAGGGAGAUCAGCCCUGCAGUGCCCGAAUUCCAUGCUCGUUUUUCAGCGGAAAGCAAAAUUUAUCAUUACAAAAUAUAUAAUGACACAUUCAUGGACCCUUUUCAGCGUCACUAUGCUUACCAUAGUGCUCAUAAGCUAAACCCCGCUGCUAUGAAAGAAGCUGCAAAGUAUUUUAUUGGAAAGCAUGAUUUCUCUGCUUUUGCCAAUGCCUCCCAGAAAGAACGAGUGCGAGAUCCAGUAAAGAAUAUAUUCCGUUUUGAUGUCAUUGAAAUGGGGGCUCUUUUACAACUAGAAGUUGAAGGCUCGGGUUUCUUAUAUCGACAAGUCCGGAACAUGGUCUCUCUGCUGCUUCAAAUUGGAAGGGAAGCACUUCCUCCUUAUAUUGUUCCCAUGAUAUUGGCAACACGAGAUCGCAGGGAACUUGCUAAAUAUGCCAUGUUUGCUCCACCUCACGGGCUUAGUCUUGUGACAGUCAAGUAUAACGAGGAGCAUCUAAGGCUUCCAUCUGGUUGCUCCACGACCAGUUUUGGUAGGCAUUAUACUAUAGGCUCGUGUAAGCUUCCAUUCUACUAAGAAUUUACGAAUUCAUU